AUGACUACUUUGCAACUUCCUCAGACACUUCAUUUUGCCAGUGAGACAUAUCAUUCAGGGGACACACACAAUCCAAAUUGCCAACACAAUCAUCACCAUCACCACCACCGUCAUCAUCACCAUCGCAGAAUCUUUUCUGCAUCUGCAACUUUACCUGUUUCAGUUUCCCCACCAAAAGUGAAUUUGAAAACCACCCAGGAGACUUUAUCUGAAGGUGAUACAUUUCAUGAUUAUGCAACUGUUAUAAUGGACGUCUUGGAAUGUUACAUGGAACCUUCGCCAACUUUAGAAGAGAAAUUAACUAUGUUAGAGAAGGAGGUUUCUCAAGAAAUGAACAAUUAUGAAAUGGGAGAAGAGAAAUUGAUCGAGUUGGGUGACGACACUGCUUCAAUUGAUGGCAAGCUUGAACAACCUUCUGAUAAACAAGUUACUGCUUUGAGACAAACUUCAAAUCAGUAUUCAUUUCUCAACAAUUUUAGACGCAAUUCAUUUUUCCACCCAGCAAGUUCCUCAAUGUUUGACUUUCAGUUGAAUAACAAGUCUUAUUUUGCUCAACCAGGUUCUGAAAGACACCACCAACAACAAGAGGAAAGUGGAAUCAAUGAUUAUGGUAGUAUUAGAUCAUACAAUUCCACUAUUUUGGCCCAACCUAAAAAAAUGCAUAGAAAACAUCGCAAGAUGAAUAAACGGGUGAAAUCAUUUACCCAAAGAGUCAAGAAUGAAGACGUAUCCCAUCGUUUAACUGACUUGUUUCAAGACGACCAUGACAUUUGGGCAAAGGAAAAAGUGGAAAAUGAGUCGUCUGUGGAUGAAGCCAAGACAAGUUGUAAUUGUGUUCACUGUAAUGAGAAAUCCAAACGUAGGGUUGUUAUUAAAGAGCUGGAAAAUGAGUACAUCUACCCUACCCCUACAAUCACAAGCUUCAGAAGGAUUAUCGGCCGCAGAUUUCAUAUCUUUAAGCAUCACGUAGUGUGA